UGUUCACGUUUAUUGUACAUGUACAUGCUGAUUCUGAUUGUCAGUUUGUUUCGUGUUGACGACUUUGGCGAUCGAGUUUUGUUGUAUUGUUAACGGUUAAAUUCGUCCUUUUGUGUUAUAAUUAAUAAACAAUAAAGUGUAUUGUUCACAAGUGACGAUUUUAUUCACUGUCAUCCCUGUUACCAUUUAGAAAUCCUAGGUUGCUGGGAAAUCUUUCAUCAUCAGAGAAUCAACCGUAUGGCGUGAGUAGCAUAGCCCGGCCCAAGACAGUUUAAAAGAAAUAUGGCCGCCUUGAGAUGGAUCUAGCGGAAGUGGUUGAAGAUUUGAUCUGCACGUUUGAUGGUUCAGGAGACACUACCAUGGAUACCCUAGCGAUGUUCGUUUUCGGCUGGAUUCUGGCCGCCCUCUUCAUUCUCUGGUUGGGAAAAGUACUCUACGAGAAGUUCCAGAACAGACAAAAGACUCAGUCGGAAGCCAAAGCCAAGUUGAUAGAAGCUCCCGCGAAGACAACCGAUAGCAUCGAUGCGGAGAAGGUUGUGAAGAAAGUGUCGUCAGCUCCGUUGGCUGCUCGAAGUGGUGGAGGUGGAGGUUAUGUUCCUCCGACUCCUCCGGUGAGGAAACGCUUGACGAGACAAAGCCCUGCUCCCGAGAGCAGGAAGCCGAGGUACGUACCGGCCCCCCAGUGCACCGGACCUGAUAACGUGUGUGUGUUGUGGGUCAAUGAUGUGCUGCAGUGGUUGUAUAAUGACUUUGUCAUCUUCCACGAGUUACUUGGUGUUUGGAUAGCCGCUCUGAACGAGUAUACGAAGAAAUCUGGUGCUGAGCAAGGAAUCGGUGUUGAAUUAAUAAGGAUAUUACCGGAAACGCAUCCGCCCGUUUUGUCCAAUAUCUUCGCCGAAGCCGAUUCCAAAGACGACGUGACGAUAACCUGCGAUUGCGAGUCGACUCCAGCUUUCCAGCUGAAGAGCUUCAGGCAGACGGGCGAAAAGUCCGAAACGUCGCAUUACCGUGUCAACGUCAACCGCUUCAGGGCUAGGCUUAACAUCUUUUGCGUCUCUGAAAAGCUUAAAGCCAACGUGAAAUGCGACGGCUGGCCUGAAAUCAAAAUUGCCCUCGCUCCUGUGGGGAAUAUCAAGAAUAAUCUCGAUGAAUCGCAAUUACAGGAAGUUAUAACAGAAAUUUUGACGGACGCACUAAGAAAUACAGACGUUGACUUUAAUUUGGCAGAAUACCCAACCUGCCCAAGGUUAGUGAGGCAUGUUGCCGUGCCUGGACAAAUGUUGCCGGUACAUUAUGAUAGUAUGGGUAUGGGAAACAUUAGCCCGACCUUUAGUUCAACGCCCAACCACCUGACUUCAGGCUCGCGGCAAAUUCCAGGAGAAAAACGACUUUUAGUGAAGGUAGUGAGAGCGGCACAAUUAGGUGCUUCCCAAGGCUGUGCAGAACCCUACUGUGUGGUGGAAAUGGACGAACCGCCGCAGAAGAACCAGACCGCCGUGGCGAAAAAUACGGAUUCGCCGCAAUGGGAUGAACAUUUCUUAUUCGAUUUAUCCCCGAAUACAGCGGAACUGCUGUUCGAAAUAUACGACCACUCAGUGAAACCGAACAAAUUCCUAGGUUUAGGUAUAGUAGGAGUAGAAGAACUUCUGGUAAAUCCAUCUCAAAGGCAGAUUAUUUCUUUGCAGAGUCGACCAUACGAGAGCGAUCCAGUUUCAGGAACUCUAACUGUCGAGUUCUUGUUCAUAGAGGGUGCUGAUAUACCAAAUAUAAGUGGUAGCCAACCUUAUAAAAUUAAGGAAACCUUAAGGAGUCCAUCUCCUGCGACUAAUAGGCUUAAUGUUACUAAUACUAUGACUACUUCAACGUUCCAAAAUGAUGCCCUUACAAACGGCAAUCAUUUACCUGACAUGGGAUACAGAGACUUAGAUAGAAAUAGGCAAAAUCCGAACACAAAUACCCUGGUGAUUCAUAGCAUGCAACGGCAACCUUCCCAAAGGCUAGUGAAGGUCGAGCUAAAUAACGGCGCCUGGAAAGAGAUCGAAACAAUCGAAGUGAACACCGACGACAAAGACAUCGAUGAAGGCGUUGAUGGUAUGGAACAGAGCAAUGGAAAAACCAAUGGUAACAUUACGAACGAAUCCAAUGGUACUGCCAAUGGAGAAAGUAAGGACGCCAAAAAUGACAACGCUACAUCCAAGCCCGGUGACUAUAGCUUUACAAACACCACAUCACCACAGCUCCAGAACGAAUCUCAACAAAAUCUAGAAUUUAGAGGUAGGUCUAGGAAACGUAGAGACUUCUUCGGAACGAUUAAGAGAAGACUUGGCAAGUCGAUGAACAGAUCAAAAUCUGCUGGUCCAGAAAAUGAUCUAGGACGUGAUGAUUCCCUGAAUAGGUCUGUGUCAGCAGAUCGAGGGCGACAUGAUGAAAGUUAUCGCCUCAACGUACCUGGCCAGCGAUCAAUGGACGAGACUUCCAGGAGGUCUAGUCUUUCAGAAGCUUCGGGGAUGAGCAGUGCGUCCACGAGGACGUACAUCAACGAAGCCAGUACUUUGGUGCUAGAAACUGUAGAAAACGGAAUCAAGAGGCACUACCUCGUACCGCUGUCAUUAGCACAGAAGAAUAAAUGGAGAAAAAAAGGAACCAAACUCCAUAUUUUCAAUGAUCACACGUUUGUUGCCAAACAUUUACAAGGUGGCACCGUAUGUCAAGUUUGUGGGAAGAGUAUAGCAAGAAGAUUCGGUAAACAGGGGUACGAGUGUAGGGAUUGUUUGAUAAAAUGCCACAAACACUGCCACGUGAAAGUGAAUGAUAACUGUCCAACGUCUACAAUCCACAGCGUUGAGCUAUCUAUGAUACCGGUGUUGAGCGACUAAUAUUGCUCCUACAUCACAAAUCCACUAACCGACAAGAACUUUUCAUUCUUCUAAUCUACUCGGCCUGGUCAACAUCAGCAGUUUCUUGGGUAGUGUUAUAAAUUAUAGAGAUACUUAAUAUUACAGCAGGAAAGCUCAUUCUUGCAUAGAAUCACGAAAUUAAAAAAAGACAAUACUUUUCGUAUAUAUAAUUGUUAUAGUAUAUGUAUAUUAUUUCAAAUAUUAAAUGACGCCAAUAAAAAUUAGUAUCGAGAGAUAGAGAGAGAAUAAUAAUUGUAGAGUCUUAACCCUUUUGCACAUUUUUAAGCUCGUCUAUGCUUUGGGACUUAACAUAUUAAGUAGUUUAAAAUACAUCCACAAUUUAUACAUUGGUCCUUCGAGCCGGAUCAACAUUUUGUCAUAAUAAAUUGGAGUUUAAUUGGCAUCAUUUUGACUUCAAAAUUGAACAUAUUUUAAAACUAUUCAAUAAACUAAAAUUGGGUAAAAGGGUUGACUAGUAUUUGCUUUUUAGAAGCAAAUGAUAAUCAUUUUAUAUACCUAUAACGUCUCUAGGCAUUCUGCAGUUUAAUGUUUAACGAAAUUAGCGUUGUUCGAAUCGUAGAUAACGUAGUCUCUCUCUUAUUCAACUUUCAACGAAUUAUUUUUGUGAUAAGCCCGAACAGUAGACAUGAGCUUUCCUGCUACGUUUAAUUAAUAAGCACAAAACUAUUUGUCCCGUAGCUUUACAAGUUCACAAUCUGUGUUAGUUUUAUAACUGUUUUUUUGUUUAAUAUUGAUAUUAUUUUUUUAUGCUUGUUUUUUGAUAUGAGUAAUUGGUAAAUUUUAUCAGAUUUAUUUAUUUGUACAUAAAUUUGUUGUUUAUUGUACACGAUUUGUUUUAAGGCAGAGGUUUCCGUCAGAAUACAUAGUUAUUGAAACGGUUUUAUAUAUUUACUUCACUUCUUGUUUGUCUCUUUGUCACUUUGUCCGAGAAAAAUCUUGCAAUCGAUUUUAAACAUACUUCCCGACUAGCUAGAGAUCUGAAAUUUCCAGAAUAGCUCAAAACUCGAUGACAAUGCAAUAUUCAACAGGUUUUAUAUGGAUGCGUUGAGUUUUAUUAUUCAAAAAAAUGAUAGUUAUUUUAAUACUGUUGUACUAGAACUUAUAUUCCGAAAAGUAUAUGGCCCGGUGCAAGAGGAAGACCAUGGAGAAUCAGAAGAAACGACGAGGUUAAUGAACUGAAUGAAGGGUACGACAUUGUAAGAUUUGUGAAAAGUCAAAGACUGUCAUGGCUGGGACAUGUUCAGCGACAAGAAGAUACGAAAACGACAAAGAAGAUAUUACAGUAGAAGCCGGUAGGAAAGCGGAAAAAAGAGGAAGGUCCAGGACGAGAUGGUUGGAUGACGAGGAAGACGGCCUGAAAACCAUGAAUAUAAGACAACGGAUAAGAAGGUUACAAGAUAGAUCUGAAUGGAAGGACAUAGCCAGACAGGCAAAGACCCAUCCAGGGUUAUGAUGCCAAGAGAAGAAGAAGAAGAACUUAUAUUCCACGUAUUUAUCUCCAUACCUAACAUCCAAUAUCGGAAGGGAUAAUCAAACAACAGAGUUAAACAGGAGAAUAGGGCUGGCAUGGGCACCUUAAGGAAAAUUGAUGGAAGUCAGAUCAGAUAUUCCCAUGUGCUUGAAAAGGAAGAUCUUUGAGCAAUGUGUACUCUAAGUUCUAACGUAUGGAGUAGAAACAUUGUUCUUACUAAAAAAGUAAUCAAUAAAAUACAAGUGGCACAGAUAGCAAAGGCCAAUGCUGAAUAUAUCCCUCAGAGACAGAGUUCCAAAUAAAAUAAAGGGUGAUUGAAACGGUACGAUUUGACAACGCUGCUGCCGAUAAAAUAGAGGAGCCGCGGGCUUGCGACGUAAACGUUGUGAAUCUAGAGAGUGGGAAGUUUAGUUAUCAUGGAGGCGUGGUCUUGUGAACAACGCGCAUUUGCUGUGAAAGCUUAUUACAAAAAUGGUGAAAGUUUUAUGCGUGUACAACGAGUAUUUCGUUUACACUACCAUUUCCCGCUCCGUUCACAAGACCAAGUUACAGGACUUGGGUUAGGAACUUUGAAAGUAGUGGUUUAACGUCACCAAAAAGAGCUGGCAGUGUCAGAACUGCUCGCACACCACAGAAUAUUAAAGCGAUGCCAAAUUCAUUACACGCGAGUGCUCGAAGAUCCCUGAGACGACUCGCAUGUAAUGAAUUUGGCACCGCUUCAAUAUUCUGUGGUGUGCGAGCAGUUCAGACACUGCUACUCUUUUCUGUGAUAUUGAACCACUAAUUUAAAAGUUCCUAAACCAAGUCUUAAUAGCCAUGUUAGACGGAACUGCAGCGCAGGGCGGCAAAUGGUAGUGUACACGCACAAAAAAUUCACCAUUUUUGUAAUAAGCUUUCACAGCAAAUGCGCGUUGUUCACAAGACCACGUGCUAAAUAUCAAACAUUCAUCAUUCAUAUCCGAUAUUUAACAGUAUAAUUUUAUCACCCCGUAUAUCACAUGAACCAAUUUGUUAUCAUAUUUAACCAUGUGCGGGCUAUUUCAUUUGUUUAAUUGUUGCAACUCAUAAACAAUAUUUUGGCAAUGGACAUUAAUUUAGCUGACUAAGUAAAAACCUUUGUUCUUUUUGUCGUGUGGGCUAUGCCCCAAUUCAUUUUGCCAACAAGAGAGAAUAUACAUUUAGAAUCAAUUCAACCAGGCCAGAUGUGCCUUUAAUUCAUUCCUUCGAGUCACGUCAUACAUUCAAUAUGUACCAUCAUAACAGACUAAAUCUAAUUCGCGUACGAGCCACGUUCUCCCGGGGUUGGUUCUACUACCCUGGUGUCAAUCGCUAUCAAUAAAUUAUCUAAGUGCUAUUGGUGUUUCAAUAACAGACGAUCAUCCUCCACUGAGCCUGAGGAGUAGACAACACGCCUCCAUGAUAACUAAACUUCCCACUCUCUGGAUUCACAACGUUUACGUCGCAAGCCCGCGGCUCCUCUAUUUUUUCGUCAGCAGCUUUGUCAAAUCGUACCGUUUAACUGAAUCACCUUGUAGUUAGGAUAAAAUAGGAGAAAAGCUGGUGUUCGAACGCAGUUAAACUAAUUGCAACGUUGAAAUAGAACUGGGCGGGACACGUUGACAAAAAGGGAAGAUGGGCAAAGAAAAUUUUAAAAUUGAGACCUAGACACGAUGCUUAUCGUAAUCGAGGACAUCCUUCAACAAGGUGGACGGACGACAUCAAGCACAACUGGAUUCAGGGUGUUUAAGAUAGGAUGCAAUGGAAUUAUCCACGGGAGGCCUAUGUUCAGCAGUGGACUCAAAAUGAAUGAUGACGAUGAAUAUUGUUUAUAAAAUUAAAAUCGACUAGAAUUCUGACAGAAAACCACUGCCUUGUUUUAAUAUCAUAUUUUACUAAAAGAGGAAGGAUCUGGUUGUAAAGCGGUAAUCAAUAUUAAAAAUAAUUUAUAUAAGAAUUUAUAUUGUGAGAAUAUUAUGAAUGUUUUACUUUUUUGUUCUUAUAAUUGUAAGUGCCUGUUUUUUAAACAAAAUUGCUUAUAAUAUGAAAGUCAAUCGUUGAUAUCAUAUGAUUGUUGUAGAAUUUUAUGGACAUAAGUAAUGAGAAGAAGAAGAAUAAUAAAAAGAAGAACUAGAUUAUCAUGGGCAUCUUUUGGUAAUCUAUCAUAUAUGUAUUCUAAAAAAAUAAAAAGUACCAUCAAUAUAUGCGAACGAAAGUAUUCAACCAGUGCAUAUUACCAGUUUAUGGUUCAUGUGGAAAUCGGUGGGACUGCGCAUUUUAUCAAUGAAAUUAGACACUCCAGAAGCCGCUAACAAUAAAAUGUUUUAACAUCCCAUUAAUCAUUGUAAAUUAGUCGACGGAUAUUAGUACAGUGGAAAUAAUAACACGAAAACUGGACGAUAAUGAUUAUAAAGAAUAAAUAAGUUUUUUUCUACUUUAAUGACAAAAAAAGCAAGCUCAUUAGCAGAAACCAAUUCAAAAUUAUUUUACACAUCACAUGUGAAACAUUAUUUGGUUGAAAAAUCUCAUUUUUGUUGGCACAAAAAUUAUUAAUUUGUCUGGACUAAAUUACAGUUCUGUUUAUUUUAAAAGGGAUAUGUUACUAUCAACAUUCACACAGUGUUGCCAAACUGAAUUUUGUUAUUUUGGGUGUAAACUUUUUCCACCAAUCUCCGAGGGUACAAUACCACAUAUGGCUCACAAACAUGGACUUUCACAAAGGAGUACAUCGACAGGAUAUCUAAAACACAAAGAGCAAUGGUAAGACAGAUGCUGGGUAUCGGUCUUAAAGACAGGAAAAGAAACUCAUUGAUCAGAGAAAAAACAUAGGUGAACGAUGUAUCAAGACAGGUUGCAAAACUUACAUGGAACUUCGCCGGCCACACUGCGGCAAAAAGAUGAAAGAUGGAAUAAGCGAAGUCUACACUGGCGACCAUGGGAUCAGAAAAGAAAAAGAGGAAACCACAGAUGAGAUGGAUGGACGACCUUGAAAGAACGGCAGGAAAGGACUGGAUGCAGAUCGCCUAGAAUAGAGACCAAUGGAGAUUAACAGAGGAGGCCGAUGCCCAGGAAUGGGCGUUUAAGGCUGAUUAGAAGUAAUGAGAAGUCCCAGAUUCGUAAAUCUGAAAACCUCUAUAGUGGAACCCGUUUCUGGGUACCUCCUUAAUCGCUGCUUAUUACAAUUUAUAAGGCAAGCAGACGUCGAAUAAAGGAGACGAAAUGACUCUAUAAUAUGCAGUCACAUUCCCUCUAUUCGUCUAGGAAAAAAUUCCAACGAAAGUUGGUUCCGUGUACUCACAAUAUGGUAUACUGAGUGUGGCGACACGCUUCAAUUACUAUUUUACUAUUUUUUAAACGCUAAUUUUAAUUUUUAUUUUUAAUACCUUUUUCAAAAUGAAAUAAUAUGGGCCAUUUAAAAUUCACAUUUCUUUCUAUACGAAACCAGAUGGUAAUGGCCUGUUCAGUCCCAGUUUAUUACAAAAUUCCCCAUUAAAUAGUUACCUUAUCAGAACUUCUGCCAAUAAAUCACUUUUUAAAUGCAUUCGAAGACGCGUCUUAAAACUACAGAAAUGUUUUCAGCUUUUAAAACACCAGAUAAAGGGCCAGCCUCUUUAUGUCAAUAAAUUAGCUUCAACGUAAAACCACAGACAUGUUUUUAGUUCAUCCACAGGCAGUCUGACACAAACCCUCGUCCCGAAAAGAAUAACAAACCCUCUUAUGAGAUAUAAGCACGCCUUUUUAACCAAAAAUAAAUAAAUAUAUUAUUGUUCGUUGUCUUACACUUGAUGAAAGACAGCUUUUGCUUUAUUUCGGCUCAGAGAUGAUCUUUAUUCGUCGUCUGUUUUCCUUAUAUAUUGUAAAAGGCAGAGAUUAAGGAUGUACCCAGAAACUGGUUCCACGAUAGAGGUUUUCAGAUUUAUGGAUCUGGGACUUCUCAUUUCGUUAAUAGAUGUCGCUACAGGAUCUAAAAUACGAAUUAUUUUUAUAAUUAUGUUUAAAUAGACAGUUUGGUUUCAUUUCGAUUUAGAACUGAUCAUGUAGCCCCUCUGAUGAGGUCUGGGGAGACUGAAACGUAUGUAAGGGGAUGAUGGAUCUCUGAACCGAAAUUAAACAUAAGCUGUCUUUCAUUUUUAUGAACAUAGUUGUGUAGUUAGUAACUUGGAAAUACGAACGUAAAAAACUAUCCCCAGUUUAUAGGUAUUAGAUUUUGACAAGAGCUAUGAGUCAUGCCGAUUUAAUACACAAGUUUACGUGAAAUUUUCAAGGUCAUAGCUCUUGUACAGGAUUUAUAUUAGCAUUCAAAAAAUAAGAGUAGUCCAUAUCGAUUUAAUUUUUAAAAGUCUCAAACAAAUAUUAUUUACAUGCAUUGUUUUGAUUUCGUAAAUUAGGUGACAUUGUUUCUGCAAUGUAGGCCACUCGUUUUGAAAAACAACGGAGUCCGCAAUUAUGUACUAUUAGUAAUUCACGGUCACAUGCAAGAAUGAAAUCACAACAAACAAUUGGAAUUUAUUUAUAGAUACACGAUACGUAGAAAGUAAAGAAAGAGAUUAUUCAUUAUUCACAAACCGACGUGGUUAGAGUAGAGAUAUUAUCCAUCCCGGCACCAACUAGUUACUGUCAUAUUUAGUGUUCCAAAUAAAUAUAUUUCGGUAAUUAGUAUUUCAACUAAAUCAACCCCACCAUCGGGGGUAACAACCCCCCAGUACCAAGAUAAUCUUGUCAAAAUCCAUUAUCUAUAAUAUUUUUGUUAGUAAUGUCUAUUAAAGAGUUUUCUGCUUUCGUGUCUGUUGUUAUGCUCUAGGAUUUCGUGUACUUGUUUUUUCAAAACCUCCCUUUUUUUCUUCUGCAUAUUCUCUAUCCUAUGGCUCUGCAGCCCAAAUCGGGCCCUAGUCUCCCUCAGCAUCCAUCUCCAAGUAUCUCUGUCCCUGGCUGUGAUCCUCCACCCUCGAUAUUUCUUUAGCAUCAGUUCUCACUUCUUUUAUUCGCCUUUUCAUUGAUCUUCCUAUUUCUAUUCUACUUGGUCUGCAUAUUAUAGUCGCUUGUAUUCUCUUCCCUACUAUUUCUUGAUUAAGCCAGAAAAUUCUAUAAAAUAAUGAAAGAAAGCACAGUCAUUUAUACCAAAAUUGAUAUGCAAAGAGAAGGACCGACAACUACUAACAGAGAAGCAAAACAUUAUAAAUAGAUGGAAACGAUACUUAGAAAAAAACCUUAACGCAGAUAAUGAACAUGAACAAAAUGAAAUAUAUACACCGGAGCAACACAUCGAGUUAGGAAGAAGUGGUUCAGAUAAUAAAGAAACUAAAAAACAAUAAAACGCCAAGGGCGGACCGAAUUUUGGCAGAAUUAUUACAACAAGGAGGAUCCGAACUCUGGGGAAGAAUCCAUUAUCUAAUAAUAUUAAUAUGGACCAGGAAGCAAAUGGAGGAAUGGGCAGUUGGCAUUAUGCAACCAUUAUAAUAUAAGAAAGGAGAUAAGAGGGAAUAUCAGAAUUAUAGGCCAAUUACAUUGCUAAAUGUAGUAUAUAAAAUUAUUUUUGGUAUCAUCUAUAAUAAAUUGAUAGAAUAUCCCGAAAAUAUAAUAAUGAGUGAUUAUUAAAAUGAACUCAGACCAAAUAGAGCUACCACAGACAAUAUAUUCAUACUAAGAACGAUUCAGGAAAAAGCUUAUAAAUACAACAUAUAACUACAUAUAUAAUAUGUAUGUACCUUUAAACAAACUUUUGAUAAUGUGAAAAGAAACAAAAUGCUGGAAGGUAUUCGUUAUCUAGAUAUGUAUACCUAACAAAAAAUAUUUUAGCCUCAUAAAAAUGGCGUUCAAAAGCCGCAGUUGAAUAGAUAUAGAACUGACUCUCCAAUUUGACAUAAAUGUGGGAGUGAGACAGGGAGACGUACUAUCAACCAUGCUGUUCAAUCUGGUUCUUGAGGCACUCACUAUACAGCAGUAUUGGCAGCCUGAUUAGUUACUCUUUUGAUUAAAACUCUUUUAUCAUCUUCUUCGUCUUGACUCAUUUUCAAAUGAAUCAGUUUGAAAGGUUCUUUGAUUUUUAAGUGUUCCAAAUCUCCGCUUGCUUUGCACACAGUGGCCCAGAAAUAAUACAAAAUCAUAGCACGGAUAAUACACAACCCGGAUGAUCCGCUGCCAGAUAAUCUGUAGGCCGGGCAAUCCGCAGCCCGAAUAAUCACGCACGGAUAAUCGGGGCCCAAAAUUUUAUGAUACGACCAUCUUGAUCUUAAGUGAUUUCGAUGCUUAUUUUACCUACAAAUAUAGUAUUAUCUGACACUGAAAAUAAGUAAUAAGUUUUUUAUAUUGUAAUCUUCAUCUCAACAUCUUACAUGUUUUUCUUGAAGCGUUUAGUUUACUGUCCACAAGCACAUCUUUUCGCAUCACGUACAAUACAUUCUAGAACAAUCAUAUUGUGUCUUUGACUGUUAUGGUACUUCUUUUGACCAAAAGCUGUAAGUUUUAAUAAAAUGUAAGUUUAAAUAUGAAUAAUUUUUUGUUAAAUUUUAAAAAGAAAUAAAAUCUUUUAUGAAUUGUA